AUGCUUAUCAUAUCAACAGUAGCAUCAGUAUUCAUUGCUUUUUGGUCUUUUAUGAUUUGUACUGUAAAUUUGACCGAUGGUGAUCAUCUUCCACGACGUUAUGUAAUAAAUUUGGAUUUGGCUCCAGAAAAUCGUUGGGAUAGAAUUAUCGAUGAUCAUAAAAAAUUUAUUCCGACAAUUAUUGAGGAAAUCAACCACUAUGUGCCAAAGUUGCUACGUCCAAUUGUAUGGUGGAUUGAUGAAAAUAUUUUGCUCAAAAAUUUCCCAAACGAAUAUGCCCAAGAAAUACGUGGCAUUGCAAAACGAAGUGGCCUUAGUAUUGGUGAAAUAGUUGGUAUAAAUAUUCUGUACGACAUUUCCGCUUUUAAUCGUAAACACAUAUUAGCAAAUAUUGGUUGUACGUCUAUUGUUGCACAAGAUUAUAGAGGGCAAAUAAUUCAUGGCAGAAAUUUGGAUUAUUUAAUGACAUCACUUCUUCGAAAUUUAACAAUUAUUGUUGACUUCACAAGAGGAGGAAAUGUACUUUAUACUGCAGUAACUUUUGCAUUAAGUGUUGGCAUAUAUACUGGACAAAGGCAUGGCUCAUUCUCGAUCAGUGUUAAUGAGCGCUAUUCUGGAGCUUACAUUGAUACAAUUUUAAUGGAAUUUUAUACGCAUUUUACAAAGCUAGUAACAUUUACUGUUCGAAUGGCACUUGAAGAGAAAAGUACAUUUGAAGAAGCACGUGAAAUGCUAAUGAAAGAACAUUUUAUUGCUCCAUCAUAUUUGAUUAUAGCUGGUACUGAAGUAGGACAAGCUUGCAUCAUAACAAGAGAUCGUUGGAAGGCUGCAGAUUUGAAAUGUAUUGAUUCACAAAGUGAUCGAUGGUUUUUAGUGGAGACUAAUUUUGAUCAUUGGAAAGUCGAUAAGGAUAAACGUCGUAGAAUAGCAGAAAAAGCCCUUCGGCAAAUUGGCAAACAUUUUCUAUCAUAUGGAGAAAUGCUUCAAAUUCUUUCGCUUUAUCCAAUUAAAAAUAACAAUACAGUUUUUUCAACAGUGAUGUCACCAUUGGAUGAGAAUGUUUUGUAUGGUUAUACUAUUGUUUGGGAAUAA